AUGCAGUGUGAAUUGGGCAUCGAACCUCUCUCAAUAAGACAGACUUGGCUGUCGGGGCGUUACUUAUUUAGAAUUGAAAAAGACCCGGACCACCCCCUGUACCAAAGCUGCUUCAACUUAAAAAGACAGCCCAAAACAUGGAAGAACCAAAACAUACCAUCCCUCAAGCUUGCAACAGGACACACAAUCCUGGCUGACAUCGAAUUAUUCCGGGAACAGCCCAGGAGCAGACAACAACAACUAGGCCCAGCGCCAUGGAUAGGCCCCCCAAUCACAGUAGGAUAUUUCCCAAUCUCCAAAACUGCAGCACUAAACAACUCAGCUGAAGCUCGAGCCCUAUUCAACUGCCUAAAUCACAGCCAACUCUGCGCCUCCACAACAGCCUACACAGAUGGCUCACUAAAUGAGGCAACGGGGAAAACAACCUGCGCGCUCUACCUCCCUACCCUGGGAAUAGAGGAAACAUACACGCUAAGCAAAGGAUCGUCAAUCUUCACAGCAGAAGCCUACGGCAUACACAAGGCAAUGGAGGCAGCUUAUCACCACGAAGGACAAAUAAGCGAACUCACCAUAAUCACAGACUCCAGAUCAGUCCUCCAAACCAUUGAAAACCCUGGAAGAGAAAAACAUGAUAUUAUUAAUACUAUCCUUAGCACAGCUGAAACACUAAAAAGUGCAGGUACCAAAGUCAAUCUCUACUGGGUGCCAAGCCAUAUUGGAAUAGCAGGAAACGAAAAGGCAGAUAAGCUAGCAUCAGAAGAAAGCUCAACACAAGACAUCGGCAGACUCAUCAGCAACCAACUAUCUGCCACAGAACAAAGCUCCAUCUUCAGGGCAUACCUAAACAAAAUAAACAUGACUGAACUGCAAAAAGACAACGAGAAAGAUAACUUACAGAGGAGGAACAGAACUGGCCCACUUAAAUGGCACGCACACAAAUCCAGAUACAUCUCCAGGGUACUUUUCAGGCUAAGAACAGGCCACAACAGGCUCAAAGCAAACCUGGCCCGUUUCAAUAACCAUAUCCACCCAACGUGCAGAAACUGUGAAGAGGAGAAUGAAACCACAAUGCAUGUCCUGCUGAAAUGCUCCACUCUUGAGCUAGAAAGAAUGGAAAUAAGUUGCUACCUUACAGCAAAUAAUCUUGAACACAACUUAACUAACCUACUGGGUCUCAACCUCGAAAUCCACAGCAACCAACAGUACGAGAUCCAAAGGCUACUUGUUCGUUACCUAAAAGAAACAAGAUUAAUUGGCAUGAUUUGAACAACUAGCAAGAAUAUUCUCCACUACUUACCUUCAUAACAAACCUGAGGCUAACGCAAAGAAACAAACAAACAAAAACCUCAUGACUCUAUAGCCAAAAGCCCAAAACCCCCAAAUUCACCAACGACGCUAAGACUCCAUCAAGCGACAACGAAGGUUGGGGCUAAAGGGCCUACC